GUCCUCGAGCCAUUAAUCUCCCUCGAAACGCUCUGCAAUCCCUUUACCCCGCUCUUCACUCCAUGAUUUCUUCUCGCCGAGGCGCACCGGACCACGAAGCGAAUGGACGUAAAUUCGAUCCCUUGUGUGCUGGCGCUAGCAUGCACCGCGUGAGAUACGUGGAUUUGAGCUUAGCCGAUAUGGUGGCGCGUCAGCCGGUGAAGAUCAGAUGGGAGACGGUGGCGCCAUGCAUGACCUGCCCCCUCUGCCACAAGCUCUUUCGCAACGCCACCACUAUCAUCGAAUGUCUUCAUACUUUUUGUAAGAAAUGCAUAUAUAAGAAGCUCUCAGACGAAGAAAUGGAGUGCUGCCCAAUAUGUGAUGCUGACCUGGGAUGUGUUCCAUUGGAGAAAUUGAGGGCGGAUCGCAAAUUGCGUGAUAUAGGGGUGAAAUUAUUUUCUUAUAAGAGGAUAAUGGUGAACUCCCCUGAAGUCGUGAAUACUGUGGCUUUGCCUGCAAAGAGAAAGGAAAGGUCCCUCUCAUCAUUAGUUGUUAGCACCCCAAGAGUAUCAUCAACACACACUAGAAUGACUGGAAGGAGAUCAAAACCCAUUGCAAGAAAAGUAUCCAAGGGCUCAAAAUUCACCACAGAAAAAUCUGUUAAGAAUACUGUUAAUGAUACUCCUGAGAGUUCUAGCUCACCAGAGAUGUUGAACAAAUUAACUCAACAUAUUAGGCAGAGCUCUGCUUCAAACGGGCCAUCUAAUGAUCCUAGUUGCAAUAAGGGAAAGGGAAUUCAUUCUGAACCUUGGGAUGGAAAAAUUGAUCCCUGGAAACCUCUGACUUGUUUGGUAGAAGCAGCAAACCGGAGCAAAUCUUCUAAGUUGAGCACACAAGUUUCUCUUCUUAAAUCUGAGGACCAACAUUCUCAUGACAAUGAGGGUCCUAUAGGGACGAGCAAAAAUAAGGAACAACAUAUGAAGUCAGAAGUUAAGGACGAGAAGAAUAGCAUUGACAAUACCCCUAUGGAAUCUGAAAGACCUAAAAAUUUGCGCAAAAACAGUCAGAAAGCGCGAGAGUCUGGAAAAUUCAAGGUACCAAACAAGGUUGUGCUAGAUGCUGCAAGUGAUAAACCUGAAAGAAAAAGUUACCCGAUUUGGUUCUCCUUAGUGGCGUCUGAUGAGCUGGAAGGAAAUGUACCACCUCUGCCCCAGAUUUCUGCAAGUUACUUGAGAAUAAAGUUAGUUGACAUCAAAUACAUGGGACAAACGGUAAACCCCACGUUGACCCUAAACAACUUAAUGGAUCUUUGGCUUCAAACAACUGAUGGGAAGAGAGUCUCGGCAACAGUUGGCUCGUCUGCUAAGGAUUUUGUG